GACGUCACACUGUCUGCAUCGCUGUGUUGCGUUAUGGUGGGCUUGCACAUCGCGAAAAUACAUGCAAAAGCAAUGAAUUGUUAAGAAACCGCUGAGCAGAGAUGAUGCCAGAGGUACAAACAUCAAGCACCGGACUUACUUCUGAGAUCUUAGAUGAAUAUUUAUUUCAACAUUGAGAAAAUCGAUUUUGCAUCCGAAGUUGAGCAUCAUGGAACUUGCAGAUUACUCAGUCACUGAUCCACUCCCUGCUGAAGCAAAUCCAGGCUAUGGAUCACUUUCACUCUCCGAGCAUCUGUCUGCUUCUGAAUCCCCAGCAGAUCCCAUUGUACAUGUAAUAGAUGGUACAUCCCAGAACAGUGGUCUUGAGUUGAAACUCGACCUCUACGUUCCAGCGCAUCCAUUAAUAGAACCAAUAUCUCCUGCAGAGGAGCAAUGUGCAUUUCCCAUGGCAACACAAGGGACCAGCACACAACCUGAAGCUACUGAAGAAGAAACAAAUGAAACUGGUGACAUCACAGGCUUUCCCUUCGAAACUCGGUCAAACCAGGCCGAGCCGAACUCGGAAACUCUCACAGUAGCGGCAUGUGAACCAGCACCUGACACUACGAGCUCAUCAGACGGUGCUACAUUACAAGUACCUGUGUUUGUAGAUCCCACAGACUGCAAUGUAGCACCAUGUGUUCCUGCGAAAGAAUUUGUUAAAGGCACCCAGGAAAUAACAUCUGAUCCUGCACUCUCCAAAGAGACCAGAUGUGAAACAGAUUCCAUUAAAGACUCCAAUACAGAUGUAUCCAGAGGCUGCACAGAAGACACUGUUAGAAAAAACAUCCCUCCAAAGAAGGACAAAUAUGCCCCACUAAAAAUCCAUCCAAUGCCUCUCUCCUCAUCUCAAAUUUCACUACAUUGCCUAGAAUGUCACAUCAUCUUCAAGGACCACAAAAGCAAGCAGCGCCACAUCAAAAUAAGCCAUCCCGCAGAGUAUGCUCAAAACAUGCUGACCGACGCUCUCUUUGCCUGCUAUGUCUGUGAUCGGCAUUUCGCCUGCUCCGUGGAUCUCAGGGCCCAUCAAAGCACACACACAGAGAAAGAGCGAUUUAGGUGCCCACUCUGUAAUGAGGCCUUCACAAGAUCUACCGACCUAACAAGUCACAAGAAAAUCCACAUUAGCAAACAGGGCUACUCUUGUUUAGAGUGCGGCAAGCCUUGUAAAACCCUCACGCUGCUCAAAUACCACCAGCGAGUACACACCGGCGAAAAGCCUUACAUUUGCCUACAGAAAAACUGUGGCAAGAGGUUUACCAUGCCUAAGUCUCUUCUGAAACACUUAGACAGACAUAAGGAAGAUGAUGCUGAGGGUACCGCUGACCAGAAAAAGGCUUUGACCACCACAAAGAUAAAGAGGAAUAAAGGUACAAAUGAAUGGAAAUUCAAAUGUUCACAGUGUGAUGCAGUCUUCAAGACGUCUAAAACACAACUUCUUCACAUGAAAAACAAACACUCUCAGGACAAAGUGAUGGAGUCGCAAAGCAGCAUUGCAUCAGUGGCACAACCAAAACAACCAGGAUUUAUUAUAACCCAGACAACAGCUGGACAACCACAGAGUGCAGAAGCUGUUGUGCCUAUACCACAGCAAAUAGAUGUGCUGGAUGCUGAGCAAAUUAAAAGAUUAAUCGAGAAAUUUGAAAAUGUGAAAAAAGUGAACCAAUUGGUUAUACUUCCUUUUCAGACACAAGGCACUGGGCUGUUUCAUCCACAAGGAUUAAUGCAACCAUUGCAUUUAGAUUUUACUGAGUCGACAGUUCAGCCAUCAGAAUGCAAGAAAAUGGUCACGGAUCUGUCAAAAGAGCAAAAUGAACACCAAAUAUCAACAGCGAUGGAAGAUAUGCAGCAAAAGGAAACUGUGGGUCUGUCACAGGAGGAAAAAACGAAUACUUUGUCAGACAACCCAGACUCAAGACUUGAAACUCAAAUGGCACCUGCCGUGCUGACUGAGGAACAGACACAAAUGGAUGUAAUUCAUCUAGAACUUAUACCAGUUGAGCCUGAAACUUCAAUUUGGCUGGAUCAGACACCCUUGCAGAAUGAUUCUGUUUCUGAGCAGGCACAAACAGCAGAUUUGGAGCAAUUGCUAGGCACACAAGACAAUGCAACUUUGGAGACAACAACCGAAACAACUUCAGUUCCACUAACUGAAACAGAAACGCCUCUUAAUGUUGAAGAGGAAAAUGCAUCGCUGACAAAUGAAAUAACAGUAUCAGAGAAGGCUAUUACUAAAGCAGACACGCUGUGUUCUGAACAAAUACAAGAUUCAAAAGACUUGGAAUCAGACUCAAAAGUGCUGUGUGGACAGAGUGACACAGUCAAAAUAAGUGAGCCUCAAGAACCUAAACAAAACCAAGCUCAAAAGGACCAAGUUGUUUCAGAGAAAGAACUGUCUAGUGUUGAACAAUCUCAUACUAAACAGCGCCCCCUGUACAAUUUGCCGAAUGACACAUCAACGGCCUUACAACCAAAACUACGAAAAAAGAAAAAACCCUCAAAGCAGAAGGUAUUGACCAAACCCAACAAAUCCAAACAAAACCAAAGUCAGCAAAAAAGUGAGCAAAACAAAGCUGUUAUUUUGUCAAAGCAUGACAUGCAUUUUAAACAAAAAUUACAACAGGAUAAAAAAGAAAAGGGGAUUGAAGGUAAAUCAGAAGUAAAAUCGAAAUGUCAAACAAACAGUGUGGAAAACAACGUUUCAGCGGUUCCACAAGCAACACAAACGAAACCCCAGAAAAGGAAAAUGAAGAGUCAGAACAAUUUAAUUAAGAAAGCUAAGACUGUCCAAGAGCCUCAACAAGAUGAAACGUUGGCACCUGUGCAAAAGAAGAAGCAAAGCAAGACGUCUCAAGAAGAUGGUCCCAAGAAAUCCAAAGUUAGAAAAACCCAAACAAAUGAAUUUCCGGUCAAGGUUAAAAAACCCAAAACAAAUGAUUUUCAGGUCAAGGUUAAAAAAACGCAAACGAAUGAUUUUCAGAUCAAGGUUAAAAAAACGCAAAAGAAUGAUUUUCAGAUCAAGGUUAAAAAAACGCAAAAGAAUGAUUUUCAGAUCAAGGUUAAAAAAACGCAAAAGAAUGAUUUUCAGAUAAAGGUUAAAAAAACAACAACAACUGAUUUUCAGAAAAAUGUUCACAAAAUUCCAAAGCAUAAAGCAGCCAAGAGAAAAAGAACUCCUGACGCUGCAGACCAAGCUCAAAUAGAGCAACAAGCUUUGCUGUUAUUGAAAGGCCACAAGCAGCCUCAACUGAAAGUACACAAAUUGGAUGCAACUGAACUAGAAAAAUCCCCUCCAAACAAGUACGAUGCAAAGGAGCCUUCGAGUAAAUCCCUCAAUGUAACGCAACCAAAGAAAACCAAAUCAACUGGAAACAAAAUGUUAUGCAGUGAACCCUUGUCUCCUGUUGACAGCAGCUUUACUUCUGCGUCUUCAACGGGAAAGCCGAAGAUUUUACGGAAAAGAAAAGCACCUACUAAGAUAGAUCAGGAAAUUGCACUGAGCCCUCCAUAUUCCCGACUUACUCUUGGGUGUCAAGACUGUGGGAAGACGUUCUCGGAGGUGUCCGCUUUACAGGAACACAUGGCAUCUUUCCACUCUGCUGAAAACAUGGCCCAACAAGAUGAGGCCGUUGACAUGACAAAGGAAUGUGACAUGAGACAUAGCGAAAAACAAAUUCAACAUAAUGUUUUUGAAAUUCAAGUAGCGACAGAUUGGGAAAUGGGAGAGAUUUUGGGAGACAGGGAAGAGCAGAGACUUUCAUUUCCAGUGCUAAGUCCAUCUCCUUCACUGAUGCUACCUUCAGGAUGUGUUGAAGGAAAGGAACAGGAAGACAAAGAGGUUGAAGGAACUGUUUCUGGACCCGAGCAUCCUCCUGAAAAUAAUCCUGAAGAGUUUCCAGUCGUAGUCGAAAAUAUUGUGCAUCAAGAAGAGGUCACAGAAAGUACAGAAGUGAGUGACAAUCUGUUAGACAAAGAAGCAAGCAGAGCUGGAGGGAUCAUGACAGAAACCUCUGGCUCUGAACUUAAAGAUGCUGCGGAGGAAGAAAUUAAAGAAGAAUUGUCCCUAGAGGUGAAUUUAGUCAUGGUUGGAGAUCAAACUGAGGAGAAUCAUAGCCCUCAGAUAAACAAUCUUUCAAGUGCCUCUCAAGAACAUGAGACUGAAGAAUUGAGCAAUUCUCAUCCAUGUUCUCAGCCUGAACAGACUGCAAAAGAUGCCGAGGUAGUAAUGACUGAAAAUGUUGUUCACAGUGUUAUUGAACCAGAGAUAAAGCAAGAAGAAGAGGAGGUGCUUGUACACAGAGUUGAUGAACAGAAAAGAGCGACAGGAAGAAGUUCAGAGACAAGGGGUAAGAAAGGUGUUGGAAGAGGGCAGGGUAAGAGACUGGUUGGAAAAAGGUCCAGCAGAUUGAACAAAAGUAAAAAGGACAUGGAUGCAAAAAAAGAUUCACAGGAUUGUCAAGUUGUCUAUCAGCUGUGUGUACUCAGGGAUACUCCAGAGGGACAGGACAAAGAAACAGACAAGAAUGGAGGUAACACAACCGAAACUUGCGUAUUGUCAUCCUCUGAGGAGAGUCCUGAGGAUCAGGUCGUUUUUGAGCUGGACUCUGUUACCACGAGUGUAACAGAGGUGAUAAAUUCCCAAGAUGGUUCAUUUAUUGAGCAAUCUACAGAGCUGGCUAGAGAUGACAGGUCUCCUGGAAUCAUACUGGAAAAAUUCUUGACGGCUUGUGAGAGAAAUGUGGAACCUCCUAACAGCCAGAGUCAAUGGAAACAGGCUAACUCAGCUAGCACAGCUGCUGACGUGAAGUUAGAAGAACGUUCUUCAAAUCAGGCUGUCCUCGGUCAGGCAUCUUCUGAGAGGGGUUUCAUGCGUGGAGUCCAAAUGUUUUUGGUAAAAGCAGAAGAGCACUUGUCUGUGAAUGAUCCUGUUAUAUUCCAGGCUCACCAGCCCACUGAUAUCCACCAUGCUUCAUGCCAAGAUAAGACCAUUGGUAAGAACAGAGACGGCAUCUCCUCUGACUCUCAUGUAGUUCCCCUGCAGUCCUACAGCAAGCAGUGUAUUUUUUAUCCUGUUAAAGAGGAAGACAAAGAACAUCUGGUGGAGCCUCCUCAUACAGAUCAGAAGUGCUUGGAUUCAGAGGGGAUGGAAGGGGUUUCAUCUGGAUUAGAAGAAUGUGGGGAAAUGGGAUCGGUACAAAUGGAAAUGCCACAUCUGUACACAAGCUCUGAAGAUGGUGAUGUUAGUGGGGAGCAGCAAAGCACCCAAGGAUUUUUAGAAUUCCUCUCUCAGAAUUCAGAUGCUGGUGAUUCUGAUAUCGUCCAUUCUGAGCCAGAAGCUGAAACCAUUCUGAUGUCUUGUUACCAUGGUAUACAGAAUAGUGCUACAGUACAUCCAAACGAAGUAGAGAGAUGUGGUCCUAGUGGCAGAAGAAAUGUGUGUCUGUCUCAAACAGUCCACACAGAAGCAGGAAGACGGCUAAACUGGAAGCCCAUUAACUACUUCAGUCAGUAUUUUAGCUGGAACACAUGGACGGAAAUUGCUGUCUGCACACGAGAAAUGUCAGAACUCCCAAACCCUGUUACAGAAAAAGAGGUUGCGCAGUAUGUAGGAAUCCACAUUGCAAUGGGAACUCUCAAGUUUCCCAGCACAAAGCUCUACUGGGAAGACCUCACCAGAGUCCCUCUAAUCUCUGAUGCCAUGUCUGCUUUAAGAUUCUGUGAGCUCACUCGUACACUAAGGCUUGCAAGGGCUGAUGGACCUUUUGCGGAGACAAAUAGUGAUAAUCAGACUGAAGAAACGUCCAUAUUGUUCUCCCAGUCACACAGUAACGAAGAGGCACAUAGUUGCGGAAAUGUCUCCGGGUCAAAGACGGACCCUUUGUGGAAGGUAACGAUGUUGAUUAGACGGGUACAAGACUGUUGUCAGGCACUAAAGCGAAAUGGAAGCUUUGGGGUGGACCAGUACCCACUUCCUUUUCAGAGACACCCAACUCAUUCAUUACUUCACACAGUUGUGGUAAGCGGUGAAGGGUUGAUUGUGGACUUUAACUUGAGUAUAGAUGAUUCCAAUAGGGAAACCGUAGUUGAAAAAAUGGUCUCCAGAGGUAAGGACGGAAACGAAGGGAUGGUGUUUCUUUGCAAGCCAGAGCUGUCCACACCUUCUAUGUUGGAGCAUCUUUUAAAGGCAGGUGUGCAAAGCGCUGGCAAGGUUGGCGGGGCGAGGGGGCAAAUAGGUGACGAGUUUGUGAGCUCAGAUGGAAAACUCAAGUUGUUCAGAUGUCACCAUGGCUUCAUCCUUUCGGCAGUGUCAAAGGAAAAGCCACGCUCAACAUCUCUUGUCAGCGGCUUCGAGCGAGUGAUUAAAGCUGCAAAUCUAAACCGGGACUUGAGAAGCCUUUAUCGUAUUCCCAGCACAAGCUCAGCAGUCAAUGCUUGGCCACAGUCUGUUCUCUGGGACCUAAUUGAUCUGGUAUUGGUAAAUUCAUGGAUACAGUACAAGCAAGAUUACAGUCACAUUACAGAUUUGCUAUCAUUUAUGGCAUUUCGUUUAGAGGUGGCCAAAGCUUUGAUUCUCUCUAGCGGCGUUGAUGCCCAAGACUCAUCACCCCCCUGCCAUCCUGCUCCAAAACGACAAUGUCCAAAUACAAACUCAAGACCUUCUCCGGUUCUUGAGACCCCUUUGCCUGAUGCAGUGACACGCUAUGAUGGCUUUGGGCACUGGCCGGAGCAACUGGCCGACAGCGAGGAGGCCAAGUGUAGAUUUGGAGGCUGUGAGCGAACGUCACGUGUGCGAUGUCUCAAAUGCUGUGUGUUCCUUUGCAUUUCGAAAAACCACAAUUGCUUCCUUAAGUUUCACAGUCAGGGUGCUUCCUAAGGCCUACAGUCUGUGGUAAAUGUGAUGAAUUACAUCUCAUUGGUUUAUUUUGGAUGUUUAUUUAAAAUUAUGUGUUUACAUUUCAUAUGUCCAACUAAAUAUAUUUUAUUGUAUUCCACCCGCAAACUGUAGAACAAGAUGUUGUAGACAUUGUUUUCAGUUUAUGUUCAGAAUGUGAUUCUAUUGAUUGUGUUGCAAAAGCACAUUAUUUGUAUUAAAUAAAAGCU